AGCGCCCCCUACAGCGAGAUUUACCGGCAGACACCAAACUGAUGACGUGGUUCGGUGGGUUAACCCGAGUAGCAGCAGCAGGAUGGCCGACCAGAGCAGGCAAAUAAAACUCGCUGCAGCUAAGAAGAAGCUGAAGGAGUUUCAGCAGAAGAGCUCCCCUGUUGUUGGAGGAGGAGAAAAGGGGGGAGGAGUUGCAGUAGCCAAGAAAAAGAGGAAGGUGAAGGGGCUAAGCCAACUCGAUGCACCCACCACAGACAGAAACUCCCCAGAUGAUUUUGACAGUAUUCUGAAAGCACUUAGUCAAAGCAAUGGAGUAGUACUUCCUCCUUACUGCAACAGUCAGAGCUUUGCUGAAGUGGAGGCCAUGGGGGUUACAAUUCCCCUGUUGCUGGAGGAGCCAAAGGCCGAGUCUUGCCACGGCUCACCCGUGCUUAACCCCGCUAGCACUAGUAAUGCUACUAACCCCGAGUCUGUCAGUCAGAACACUGAGCUGCAGGACUACAUUGAUGCCAAUGGCAGUGAGAGUUUAAGGGAGGAAAACAGACCACUUUCUUCCACAGAGAGUCUGCGGCAGCUCUCUGAGCAACUGAAUGGUCUGGUCUCUGAGUCGUCUGGCGCCUAUGUGAAUGGAGAAAGUGCACCAGCAGUCAGUGAGAGGGACCUAGAGAGUCAGAAUCAGGAUCUGGCUGCCGCCCUGGAGUCCAGCAACCUAACAAACUCUCAGCUCAAUACCAAGCUAGAUCAGCUGGCACAGCAAUCUCGGGAGCUUUCUGAUCAGCUGCAGAAGGAGAGAAAGGAAUUUGAACAAAAGUUUUCGAAGGAACAGGGUGCUAUGCGGGAACAAUUACAGGUUCACAUCCAGACAAUUGGUAUACUGGUGUCAGAGAAAUCAGAGCUGCAAACAGCGCUACAGUAUACACAGCAGGCUGCACGGCAGAAAGCAGCUGAGGCAGAAGACCUCAAUAAUCGUCUGCAGGCAACGAAGCACAGAGUGUCGGAGCUGGAGAGGACACUAUCCACCGUCUCUACUCAGCAGAAACACUUUGAGAAGCACAACAAAGAGCUUGAAAAGGAGAGAGACAACCUGAGGCUAGAAGUGUACAGACUAAACAGUGUGGAUGAAGAGGCGAAACAACAUAAUUCAGAGCUUUCAGAACAGUUGAAGCUGACAAAACAGGAGAACGAAACAAUGAAGCUUGAAAUAGAAGAUCUACGAAAAAGACUUGAGCUCACUGAUCUCAUGUUACAGCAGUGUUCCACUCAGUCAGAUCCCACAAGUGCCAACCAGCAAGUCCAGUUGUUGCUUGAAGAGAAACAGCAACUCGAGGUGCGAAAUCAUCAGCUGAUUGAGUCAGUUUCCAAACUGCAAACUGAAAGGGAUUGCUAUGCAGAGCAGAUCCAGGAAGAGGGCCGCGUUUGGAAAGACAAAACAGAACAGCUGCUCACACAGGUGUCACUGGUUGCUGAGGAGAGGGAUAAAAACAUCAACAGAGUCCAAGAGCUUGAGGCCAGCAUCACAGAGCUAAAAAAUGCCGCAGCGUUAUUGUCCCAAGAGAAAGAAACUCAAGGUCAUGCAGAGCCUCAACUCUUAGAGCCAUCAGAGAAUGAAGUGGCUCUGCAGGAGGCCCUUAGCAGUCUCCAACAGGAGAAAGACACACUUGCUGCACAAUACCAGACACAGCUGCGAGAUAAUGAGCAGUUGAGUCGGCUCUGCGCAGAGCAGGAAAUGCGCCUGGGGGAGCUGGAGCAACAAGCGGCGAGCCAGGCGCAAGAGGCAGAGGACCGUAGGCGCAUGUUAGAGGAUGUUCAGUCAGACAAGGCCACAAUUAGCCGAGCUCUCACCCAGAAUCGUACCCUAAAGGACCAGCUGGCUGAGCUACAAAAUGGAUUCAUCAAACUGACUAAUGAGAACAUGGAGCUUACCACUGCAAUUCAGUCAGAGCAGCACGUAAAGAAGGAGCUAGCUCGCAGAAUGGGUGAACUGCAAGAAGAGCUGCACAAUGUGAAGGAGCAGCUGGAAGUGAAGUGCAACGAAACUCGGGAUAUGAUGGCGCAGAGGGAUCAAGUAGCUGCUUAUCUACAGCAAUACUGUGCCAGUUACCAGACGCUGGCCUCAGAGAGGGAACAGCUGCACCAUCAAUAUCUGCAACAGAGCCAGCUUAUGGACCGGCUGCAGCACGACGAGAGCUGCGGCCGCACACAGCUGGAGAUCAGCAACACUCAGCUCAAAGAAACACAGGAGCGUUUGGAGCAACUGGUCAGAGACAACGAGCAGCUGAAGGCUGAGGUGACCGAGUUGCUGAACAGCUCUGCUCUGAACACAUCACCAAGAGACCAAGGAGAUGGAGUGGAAAGCCAACCCCUGCAAGAGAAACCACAGAUGUCAUCGUCAAUAGUAAUCCCUGAAGACUUUGAAAGCCAGAAAGAGAUGGAGGAGUUCAUCCGCGAUGCUUUGUCUCAGCUGGAAGCAGAGCGUGACGAGGCCAGGAGGCAACUGGAAGAAGAACAUAGGCUCCACAUGGCAACACGGCACCAGGCCUCUGUGGCGCUAAGCCUGGAGCGUCAACACCACAGUCACUCUCACGAACACACUUCCACUCAGGGCCAGCAGAGUCACUGUGACCACGACCACGUACAGUCCGGUGGAGGCGUGCCAGUAGAAGUUCAUGCGGCCUUACAGUCUGCCAUGGAGAAGCUCCAGCAGCGUUUCACAUCCCUCAUGCAAGAAAAAGCGGACCUGAAGGAGAGGGUGGAGGAACUGGAGCACCGCUGCAUCCAGCUCUCAGGAGAGACGGACACGAUAGGAGAAUACAUCGCUCUGUACCAGAGUCAGCGGGCCAUUAUGAAGCAGAAGCACCAAGAGAAGGAGCAGUACAUCAGCAUGUUGGCCCAGGACAAAGAGGAGAUGAAGGUGAAGUUGGCAGUGUUACAGGAUCUGGUGAUGAGGCUGGUUUCUGAGAGGAACGACUGGUACAGCCGAUAUACUGCAGCUGUUUCCAGUGGGGGCACAGUUCACACCGAUUUGCGGCUCACUGGGGAGGAUCACCUUCACCUAGAGCAUCAAGCGCACACACAGACGUCACUUUACACCGUCAGUGACGCAACGGAGGAUAUGGAGGUCAUUCCUCUCUCAGAUCCAGGUCUUGACACCCCCCAGGGCCUUUCAUCAGGUUCAGGCCAGAGUGACUGCAAAACUCUCCUGCCCAAGGAGGACGGCACGGCCCAACAAAUCAUGCAGCUCCUCCAGGAGAUCCAGAACCCACAGGGAGCUCCACGCUCCCCACCAUUCCUCGGGGACAGCCCCUGCAUCCCUUUCUUCUACCGGCCUGACGAGCAGGAUGAAGUUAAGAUCCUGGUGGUUUGAAGGGCAUGUGAGCGUGCACAAGUGAGACCCUGAACAUGUGCUCGGGUCUGGAGAGAAUUAAUAACAACCACAACUUUACGUUAUAUUCCCAGACGAUUCUCAAGAGAAUGACAUCCCUCUGAAGCUGGUUUGAUACAAUAAGGAUUUUCUCAUUUACGUCCACGUGGCUCUUUGUUUUGUGUUUAGCUUUUCAAAUGUGUGCAUGGAUGAAAAGGAGAUUUUUUUUUUUUUUUAAAUGUCUCUUUUUGUUUCUUUAUCAGACAUAAUCAGAAUUUCUAAAUGUAGUUCCAUUCUUAAUCCCCGUCCCCCUCUAGAUUCAUGUAACAAGUGCAAUAAUGGGGAGAGAUUUUCUGUCCCCUUCAUCAAAAAGUACUUAAACAAUGUGAGGAGGUCAAAGAGGUCAUUACUUUAUUUUAAUGCAAAUUGUGCAAGUUUUGCAUAGUUUGAUCUCCACAUGCCAAAAAACACCAUUAGAUUGAAGUGUGUGUGUGUAAAAAAAAAAAAAAAAAAAAAAAAAAAAAUACAAUUUGGGGAUGGUGUAAGUCUGCAGAGUACAGAGAGACAGAAACUGAGCAAGUUGCAAAAUGAAUGAAGAAGCAUGGUGCUCAUGAUUGCGUUGACACCUUGUGCACUGUUGUGUUUCUUAGUUAUGAGAUCAGGAAGGUGGAAGCACGUGUCAUAGUUCGGUACCAACUCUAAAACCACGUUUUGCACAUUUACUCAUUUCGCCAACACUGAAAAUAAGUAACAUUGUGUACAGCGUGACAUUUUAAUUCUGUUUCUCAUUUGUGUUGUUACAAAAUGUGCUGUUGUACUGAGAGAAGUUGAUACCAAUAUGAAAAAAAA